AUGGCGUCCGUUCACUACCCAAGUGAUCGAGCAUCAAUAAUCUUCAACCGCUCUGUCUCUCUUCCCAAUCACGACUCUGACACUCCUUACGCUUCAGAACCAUCCGAUCUCACUCAUCCCUCACAUUCUCAUCCUAAUCCUACCGACACGCGCCCAGCCAGCACCAUUGCCGCCAGACCCCCGACCCAGCAAGGGGAAAAGGACAAUAGACCUCGAAUCCCUUCGUUGUCGCUUCGAGAUCGAGGCCUCUCUAUCUCGUCCAUCUCCUCGUCGUCACCGCUUCGUAGGAAGCCCUUACCGUCAACAGCCUCCCCCCUAGCCACGAGGUUCUCCUCCAGUGAACACCUCGUUGCUACGCUGGAAUUGCCGGAGCUGCCCUUCACGCGGCCUUAUUCUGUCGACAGUCCUACCCUCCACGAGUUCCCCCCAACGAGUAGACUGCCUUUCGCCCCUGCAGAUUUUCUUGCACACGGCUUUCCCAGACCUCCAAACGAAAAGCUUGCUUUGCCAGACGAACCACCAACCGAGCCAUCAUCGCCCGUUGACUUGGCAAACCUCGAUCCAAAUCGCAGUUCAAACCUAGCGCUUCCUCAAACGCGUCCCCAAAGUGCCGCUUUGGCAAAACAUGCUAGGUUGACCAGCGAUUCAGGCCUAACGUCUGCGUCAGAAUCUGUCGGCCCAUGGUAUAGCGACUCAAGCUCUACCAGCAAUUCGCGUUCGACUAUGUCUAUGUUCUCCUCCAAACCGACACCUCCGCAUAAUCUUUCGACCUCACCACAUGCGAUAUCACGAACCUUUUCUACCGAUUCAAACGACUCAAGCACUACAAUUCAAAAAUCACAACCUAAAUCCCCCAGUGGUUCAAAGCUUACAUCAUUCUUUGGGUGGGGAGGAAGUGCAUCCCCAAUAUCUCCUACAGGCUCAGAAGAAGCCAUCUCCCCAAUACCUUCACCUCAGCGCCAAGACUCCUUCACUGAUGCCUCCAAGACGAAUACUACAAAGAGUGUACCUACAGCCAUCGAUGUCCCAAAGGCCAAUGCAGAAGCGGGAAGCUAUUUUGAAAACGCAUAUCUACAAGUACCUUUGUCAACGCCCGGGACACCAAUACAAGUCGAAGAGAUGGAGAAAGAGCUAAAGGAUAUAAGCUCAGAGCUUGCCGCCUCAAUAAGGCGAGAAAUGGAUCUAGAGGAUCUUGUCGACCGGCUACAAGCAGAGGCACAAAACCCUUCAGGUUCUGCCAAACGGACUAGUGACUAUUUCUCAGACUCUGGAACCAGCUCUGUCAAGUAUGGAGAGCCAGACUCUAGACAGGAAGAGUUGGAUCGCAUGAUCCGAAAAACCGAGCAAGAAAAGGCCCAGAUGCGACUAGAGCUCACCGACAAAGUUCAAGAGGAACGAUCAAGACGGAAGCAGCUGGAAUCUCAGAUCCGGCUGCUUGAAGAAAAGGCGUCACAGGUCAGCAACCUGCCAAUUAAUAUCAACAGCCUCACUAAUAGUUAUGGACAGGUCGACCUUGUGUCGAUAAACUCCCUGGAUACAAACGGGCGCUUGAAGGAUCUGGAGAGUACCUGUGAAGAUCUUCGCCGCCGCUUAGCUGAGGAGCGGCAAGUCAAGGAUAACUUUGAAGACCUUUUGACUGCCCUAAAGAGCGAGCUCGAAGGUUCACACAAUGAGCGCGAUAAUCUUCGCGAUGAGAUUGUUCCACAACUACGAGCUCGUGUUGAGGGUCUUGAAGCACAAGCUGCUCAGCAUGAGAAGCUCACCUACGAGCAAUCAAAAAUGCAGCAGGAACUGCAAGCACUCAAGAUUGAGAACACGACACUAGUCACUGCUCAAAGGAUGCAGAUGGAUAUGCAUCAACAAAUGAAGAAGUUCAAUACUAUUGCGGAGGAAGCUGGACCUGGUUCUCGAUCCUCUAUUGGUGGUCUAGCACGGUCGAAUUCUGUCGCUGUUUCAAGGUCACGGCCACCAUCGCUCACAAGAUCUUCAUCUGUAAAGACUUCGGAGUCAAGAGAAGCAUUGGCCGAGCGGGUAAAGGACAUUGAACUUCAGCGAGAUUCAUUACACCGUGCACUCAAGAGCUUGCUUGAACGUCAAGAGCAUCAAAAUCGUGAGAACCAGAAGAAGAUUCGCCAACUGGAAAUGGAGCGGGAUCGAGCACUGUCGACCUCACCUAGACGACUUGGAUACGACAAAGAGGUCGCCAAUCUACGAGAAGAAAUCAACACACUCCGUCGCCGAGCAGAUGAUGCUAUCGAGCAAAAGUGGCAAUGUGAAAAGGGCCUCAGCGGCUUGAAGAUGGAUCUUGAUCGCGCCGAGCAAGAAAUCGGAUCAUUACGGAGCUUGUUGCUAGACAAUGAUGUUUUCAUUCCUGGUGAUCGACCAGCCAGUGGAUCAGGAUCUGAUAGUGGUCAUGUCUCAUCUGAAAGUCUCGAGCAUGCCUACAGGGAUUUGCAAAAUGCCUACACGGAAUCACUGGAACGGGUUAAGAACCUGGAACUUUCUGGGCCGAAGGAUGAGGAGACUGAGCAGGCAAUGAGGCAGCUUGAGCAAAGCCUUGCAGAUGCGAUCUCUGAACGAGAAUUUGCCCAACAGCAAGCAAACUCACUACGAGAGCAAACUGAUUCCCUGCGAGACUUGGAAAAAACUCAUGUUGGAGAAGAGCUUGCUCUAGCGGAUGAGCUUCGAGGCUCUGCACAGCGUGUAGAGGAGUUAGCAGCCCAGGUUCGCCAACAGCUUGCUUCAAACAACACACUUCGUCAACGCUUAGCCAAGACUAUCGAGCGGGGCGAGAAAGAGCAAAAGACGAAUGCUGAGAAGAUUAUGUUUAUGCAGAGCAAGCUUAAGUCUCUCGAGGAUCAGGUGAUGACUGCUCAACAAGCUUCCGAAGAAAGGCUCUCCAAACACGAAGACGAGAUCCGCGACCUGAAGGAAAGUCAUAACUUCCAACUCCAACGCAUGAAAGAAGGCCUCCGCUCUCCUCGUACUUUUGGACCCAAGUCUCCAAUAUCUCCGCUAUUCGCGGCCAACCCUGCCAAGGCCCCAAGGAUCAUGUCCACCACCUCCGGAAAAGCAAUGUCUGUGUCUGAAGACUCCCAGAUGCAUUUCCUCAAACAACGAGUUAUCGAUCUUGAGGGCGCCCUGGCCGAGGCCGAUAAAGAGAUGGAGGAAGUUGUAGGACGCAUGAACAUUGCCCAGAUCGAAGUAAUGGAGCUCCAGAACGAGCGCGAAGAAGCAGUCCGCGAGACGAAGCGUCUGCAAAAGACGAUCGAGAACGAGAGAGUUCGAGCUUUUGAGGGUAGAUUCGCCACCCUCUCUUCUUGA